ACUUUCGGCUGGCUUCCGUCUGGACUGGACCGGUAACAGACGCUGGGCUUCGAGGUCUUUUUUUCCUAGGGCCCCGAAGCUGUUGGUGGCUUCGGCCCGGUUCUAGUCAUGGCCCACGGGGUCCCUUUUGACCACAAUUACUACAUUGUGGAGUGCAAGGAGGAAACAAAUGCUGAAGCCCAGGCAGGGGCCAUGGCCGCCACCUCAACCGAGGAGGCCCCAGGGGCUGUGGAGGUGGCGCAGGCAGCAGUGGCGAGCAGCCACGACAGUGGAGGAGCCAUAGGCUGUGCCACUGUCAAGGAGAGUGAGAGCGACUCGGAGAGUGAGAGCGACUCGGAGAGUGAGAGCGACUCCUCCGACUCCUCCGACGAGAGUGAUGACGACUCGAGCACCAGCGACGAGGAUACUUCAGAUCCUGAGGAGGCGGCAGCUCCCUCGGUGGCUGCGGUGGCUGCUGCUGCCGCUCCUCCAACUGUUCCUGCUGCCGCUGCUAUUCAGAUUCCGGGGCCGUACCGCUACCGCCCCCCUCGCCGCCAUGUUCGCCGUCGUCGCCGUGGACCGCCAUUCCACUUCGCACAGUGGCAGGUCGAGGAAAUGGAAAGCCUGUUUGAAGAGACCCAGUACCCGGAUUUGCUUACAAGGGGAGAGCUUGCAAGAACUUUGAAUGUGCCUGAGGUCAAAGUGAAGGUGUGGUUUACCAAUCGGAGAGCGAAGCAGAGGAAGAUUGAGAGACGUGAAAUGCUGAGAAAUAUUCCGCCUGGUGCUGAAGACUUCAUUUUCAUAACCGAUUUUGAAGAGCCUUCUUAAUGUGCCAUAUUUGGUCAGUAGACAAAGGGCAAAUUGGCAACCUCUGUGCCCAAUGCCAAGCUUAACUAUUCAGCAUGCAUGUUAACAAUAAAAGCAUGAAUUUCCAAGUUCU